GAAUUGCAUUGAUUCUUGGCAAGACAACGGAACACGAAGUUACUCAAGACCAGUAUUUGAUGUUAUUACGUUCUAUGUACAAUAUUGAGGAUAAUAAUGGAUGAAGGAACAUCACAGUACUAUUUUACAGCGUCUAUGGACUCUGGAAAGACACUAUGCAGUUUAUUAAAAGCUAUACAGUUUCAAGAGACAGCAAUCUUCUGUGCCCUACCAGAAGGUCUGAAGCUUACUGUUGAGGAAGGCAAAUGUGUGCAAGCUUCUGCCUAUGUACCCUCCGACAACUUCACAGAGUACCAUGUCAGAGAUGAUGUUGAUGUUAUGUUUAAGAUUAGUAUAGCAGUGUUAGCGGAAUGCCUGAACAUAUUUGGUUCAGGAGAGGAGUCUAGCCUGAAGAUGUACUACAGAGGUGAAGGUUCACCAUUACUUUUAGUUUUACAGCCACAAUCAAUGCAUAAUGUGAUGACCGACUGUGAGAUAUCAACACAAACAGCAGACUCUGUGUUGGAGCUCCGUGAUGAGGACGCCGCGGAGGUCGCAAAGCUCGUGUUAAAGGCUCCAGCGUUCCUAGGCCUGCUGGCUGACCUGGAGCGGUCCUGUGACAUCAUAGAAAUAAACCUAUCGCCUGAACAUCCAAAUGUCAGCAUUGUUACUUAUGGAAUGCAGGAUCGUUCUUGUAUCGACAUGCCUAAAUCAUCAGACAUGGUUCAGAGCUUCAGUUGUGAGUCGCCAGUCACACUGAGGUACCAGCUGCAUCAUAUACGACUUAUUAUGAAGGCUCUUGGAAUUUCCACUAAGGUAGUACUGAGAUGCAGUUCAAAUGGACUUCUAUUACUUCAGCUUAAGCUAGAGAAGGAAGACCAAAGGCAGAUGUUUUCAGAGUUCUACAUAGUCCCCUUACUCGACGACUAACACGAACUUAGAAUUAAGACUUAUUGUUACUAAGAUUCUUGUAUAAAUAAAAGUGAAUUUGCAAAA